AUGGCUCUUCCAAGAGGAUUUAUUCGGUUUCUUAAUUAUCGGAAUAUUAAGCCAAACAAUAUUCUUAUACACGGUGGCUGUGUUAAAACCAUUGACUUUGCCAACAGAGAGAUCUUCCAUCUCGAUAUAAAUAUGGAGAAGAUCUUUGCAGAUGACCCUUACGCGAAAGGAGACUUAUCCGGAAUAGCUAGUUUGACCUACUCUAUUUCUGCCUGGAGAGUGUUCCACUAUGAUUUUUUCGAGGAGAACCGUUUCUCUCGGCCAGACCAGGUUCCUACUACCGAAACCCUGGUGUACUGGGAGAUUAUUGACAGGUGUUGGAGGAACGAGUAUCAUUCUAUUCGGUCACUGUAG